AUGGACGCUAUCGUUGCUCAGUUACAGAGGCAAUAUCGUGAUUACACCAUUUCUCUCUACCAACAGGGGAUUCUGGAUGAUCAGUUUACUGAGUUAAAAAAGAUGCAAGAUGAUGGAUCUGAUUUCGUGGCUGAGGUUCUCUCUCUUUUCUUCGAAGAUUGUGUUAGGCUUAUUGGUAACAUGGCUAGAGCUCUGGACCAGACUGGUACUGUAGAUUUUAGUAUUGUAGGUGCGAGUGUGCAUCAAUUGAAGGGUAGUAGCUCAAGUGUUGGUGCCAAGAGGGUCAAAGGCUUGUGUGUUACCUUCAAGGAAUUUUGCGACACUCAGAACUACGAAGGGUGUGUGAGAUGUCUGCAGCAAGUGGAUAUCGAGUACAAGACGCUAAAGACAAAGCUCCAAGAUAUGUUCAAUCUUGAGAAACAAAUCGUUCAAGCUGGUGGUAAAGUCCCUCAAGUGGAUAUUAACUAA